CUGCCGGGGGAACUUGAAGAGAGCAGGAGGAGGAGGAAGAGGAGGAGGAGGAGAGGAAGGAUUGAUAUAACCAGAGCGGCUUUCGAUGGGCAGCGCAAUUUUCUCUCACUCCAAGAGUUUGAGUUGAGACCGAUAGACGGGGAGCGGGCUUUCCAUUCAUUUCGGCCGCCGCAGACAACUUUUUCUUGCGCGGAUCCGUUCAACUUUUAUUUACGCUCACCUACUUUUUUUUUUCUUUUUUUUGUCUUUUACGUUUUCCUUCUUAUUCUGUUACUUCUAUAAUCCACGACAAGCCGUCAUAACCAAGAGACUCCGCGGUAUCUCCGAGUGAGAAAGUUUAGAAUUUAAAAGGACGCUUCCAGAUCCUGACACUUUUUUUCCCUCCUCCUCCUCCUCUUCCUCCUCCAAGACCUGCAGCGCGCUGCGGGAUUCCGAGCCGAAAACUGCGAGUUCUUCAAUGCAACAGUACGUGUAUGAGAAGGCAAUGGCCCAAGAGACGAGGAACGGCGGAAGCUCUACGUUAAACAACAACAACGGCGUGGACAACAGCAAGAAGAAGCUGCUCAUAGCGCUCGACAUCUUCUGCCUCCUGCUUGCUAGCCUGCCUUUCCUGAUCAUUGAGACUAGCACCAUAAAGCCAUACCAGCGCGGGUUUUACUGUUCGGACGAGUCCAUCCGCUUCCCCCGAAAAGAGGGAGAGACCAUUAGUGAUGCCGUGCUUUGUGGCGUUGGCAUUCUUAUUGGCACCGUCUCUAUUGUGAUCGGGGAAUGCUUCAGGAUUCACCAGCUGCACGUGGGAACCAAGUCGUUUGUUGGGAAUUCUUACGUGGCGGCGCUCUACAAACAGAUAGGCGUGUUUCUGUUCGGCUGUGCCGUCAGCCAGUCAUUCACGGACAUCGCCAAGGUGUCGGUGGGUCGGAUGAGACCCCACUUCCUGGAUGUCUGCAAACCGGACUUCUCCACCAUCAACUGUUCCCUCGGAUACAUCACCAACUACACUUGCACCGGGGACGAGAGUGAAGUGCAGGAAGCCAGGAAAUCCUUCUUCUCAGGACAUGCCUCCUUUUCCCUGUUUAGUAUGCUCUACUUGGCUUUCUACAUCCAGUCCAGGUUCACUUGGCGCGGCGCUCGCCUCCUCCGCCCGUUGCUCCAGUUCACCUUGGUGAUGAUGGCCUUCUACACCGGAUUGUCACGCAUCUCUGACCACAAGCACCACCCGACCGACGUGCUGGCGGGAUUUGUGCAGGGAGCCCUGGUGGCCUACUGCAUAGUAUUCUACGUGUCCGACCUGUUCAAGCCUGGCCUGAAGCUGGCCACGCCCCCGCCCUCCCCGAUCAAGAAGGAGCUGCUCCCUUCGUCCGACAUCGACAGGAACAAUCACCACAACAUAGUGUGAGGGAGGCCCCACUUCCUUUGCCCUGACCGACGAGCCGAUCACAGCGCUGCUCAUCACUCCCCUCACUCUCCCCCCACUCCCACCCCCAGCCCCUCAUCGGACAGUAGAAUGUAGCGACAAGAGACUGUAGCUGCUUCCUCCUUCCCAUCCUCCCAGUGCCCAGUGAGGCGCUCUUUGUGGACUAGGGUGUCAGAUUUGCACAGCAGAGUCCACUCUCACUACCCAGACUUGUUGUCUCCCUAAUAUACUGGUAACUACUAAUCAACAUUUGAGCCCAUCUGUUUGUCUGUCGGAGCACAAGCAAAGAAGUACCUGAGAGAUGAACGAGGAAAGGAAAAACUAAAAACGAUGGAAACUGAUGAGCUGACGGCAGGAGCUGCAGUUGCAGAGGUUUGACUGAAGCGUAGCCACACGAAUGAAACCGGUGGACUGUAAAACCCCUGAGCAGCGGGGAGAGGACGCGUCCUCUCCCAACCCUGUGAGGCCUUGGACAACAACUUCCUCAACCGAGGGAAGGAUCUUAACUUCAAUAGUUAGCAGCAGAGAAUAUAAGUGAGAUAGAAAUAUGUAACUGAAAGCACUGUUUGAACUUCAUUGUCCAUUAUCACCACUUGCUGCCUGAGUUGUUUGGCUGAUAAAGAAAAAAACAAAAAAAACUCGACAGCGUUGAGCCCUGAGACCGGGUUACGUCUUGAUCUACGCAAAACUCAGAGGCAUUUCGCAGAGCUCUUUUUGGAAAGUGAAGCCCGUACAGCCUUACACUGUCUCUGUCUCAGCAUUAGCCAGUCAAGGUUUUUUUGUUUGGUUUUUUGCGGUCGACUCUCAGUGCAGCCCAAACCCGGGAUGUUGCAGUUCUCGAAGGUAGACGUAGUAACGGGGGGAAAGAGGUCGGAGCAUUGUCUGUGGAAGAAGGCAGGUUUUCCUCCCAGCAGCUUCCCGACAGCCGUGUGGCAGGCGUGGCUGUGCCGUGCCUCUGCCGGGGUCUGGGGCCACCUGCCUGGGAUUCCAGACAGGUGGAGGAAGCGAGAGGGGCCCGUUGCCAUGGAGAAUGCAUAAUGAGCUCCAACUAAAGCUGGCACAUCGUUUUAGGGAUGAUUUAGGCUCCUUCUGCUGGCAGGGAGGAGCUUUCACCCACCCAAUCCGUCAUCGGCAAUGGAUGCUCGUCUCUCAGUGCGCGUGUUGGCGUGUGUGUUUGUUGUUGUAUGUUACGUCAUGUGUGUGUAGCAGCGCUGUGCCCUGUGAAAAGGAACUCCGUCUUGAUAAAACUGUGGUGUGUGUGACAGUUGAAAACGCACACAAGCACGCCGUCGGCUGUGCUGAGUGUGCGUUGGCGUGUGCCACUGUGUGUCGCGGAGUGAGAUGAAUGUUCUAAAAACUGUGGAUCUAAUAUUUUAUCUGAGGAUCAUCUUUAGCCUUGCAUGUGUAGAGGUAGCCCUGUGUAAUCACUAACACUUACCGGACACAGAGGUGCUUUUUUUAUUAUUAUUUACAGCCCACCCAGACUUCCUCAUCCAACAACACACCACUAUGUUGCACAUCUUUUCUUUUUUUUUUCUUCCACUGUAUAGUCCGUCCUAUCAAUUUCACCAAGCCGUUCUCAUUCUUUUGGUUUUUUUUUAUUAUAAAUAUAUAAAUAAUGUAUAGAUCACUAAUAUGAACUCUGUAAAAUAUUGUUUAACAUAUUUUAGAUAUAUCCACUAUAAUUACAGACCUGUGUUCUUUACAAAAUGCUGCUUAAAAAGCAUCGAUUGACAAGAUUCUUUUGUAUUUAGAUAAACUAUUGUAGAUUGUAAUAGUUACAUUUGUAAUGUGCAUUAAAACAAAAUACACCCUCGAUUGUAUUGAAACUCGAUAUUAGUAUUUUUGUAUCGUCUCGUUUUUUUUAUUGUACAAACAAAAUGUAGUUAUGCUGUUUUUGUUUUUUCUGCUAAAUGUAUUUAGCUCCGAUAUAUGUGCUUUUAAAUAAAAAGCUCAUUAUGAACACAUA